AUGGGUGCCAAAAGCCGCGCCGACCGCCUGGGCCAAAGGGGCCACGAGGUCGGCAAGCACCAUGCGCGACACGAGAAGCGCGGCCUUGGUAACGGUAGCGUGCCAACCAACUUGAGGUCCAUCUUACAACCUUUGAUGCCGAAGGCCGGCAUGUUGUACCCCUUCGCAAACACCUUCAUGAGAACCGCCACGCAGGAACAAUCCAAUUGGCCUCUUUGCCAGCUGUCGCGCGGCCCUUCGCUACGCUACGGGCCCGUGAAGUCCUUCCUCAUCACGGGCACAAGCGACCUCCACCUCCACAACGCGAUCUCCCUGAUGCUGCAGAAGAAGGAGAGAGACUACAACGAGAAGGCCGCGGCGAUGCAAAUGCGGCAGCGCCAACGCUUCAUCCAGCAACAAGGGUGGCUAGGGAACAUCCCCAUGACAGUCUCCUACGUCGCCGUCGAUCUCCUUGCCCAACAGCACCGGCUAGCCGUGCCCGCGAUGCCCUCAAGCCGUGGCCUGAUGCCUGAGCCGCUGAGGCCUUGCACCGGCAGCUUCAUACAGCAGUACGCGCUUCCUUGCAGGCACAUGAUCUUCAAGAAGCUGGACGACGGCGAGGCCCUCAGCAAGGAAGAUGUCCACCCGCGAUGGUGGCUGGCCAAGCCUCUGGACAUUGACGAGCCCUUACUCCGACUCCGCGAUCCUGACGUCGUCCAAAGCCUCCGUGGCCGGCCUCGCCUGCCAAAUAACGAGAAGAUGACGGUGCCAUCAUCCCUGAGGGCUGACGACGGCCAAGAUGAAUCCCAGCAGCAGGAGACGGCGCAGUCAACGCAGCAGCAGCGGCGGCGGCAGCCAAAGCAGACUUCGCAGUCACAUCGCCGAAAACCGUGCCCUCCCGGGCCGGGUGAAAAACCCAUACCCACAAUCAAGGAACGAUGCGUUCUGAACAAUAUGUCGUCUUCCAGUGACCCGGCCGAUCAAGACACGCCGCGCGCGCCACGUCUCCCUCUACCUGCGCAGCUCGAACAAGCCUCCUCCUCGUUGUCUGAGCUCACAAUAAGCUCCAACCACGGCAACGACGACGGCAGCGACCACGACAGCAGCGACGAUCAAGCGUCCUCCGAGACCGUACCCGAUGAAGAACUCCCCGAUGAUAUCGUCCAGAGCACAUCUACGGAGUGGCAGAGACUCCGUAACAGGAGCAGGAGGGCAGUUAGCAGAGGCCAAGAGUCACCGAUGGCUUAUAACUUGGAGACAUUCAUCAUCAAAUGGGCACAGAGCAGAAAGGGCGCGACACUACUAGGCACGGCUCUGAAGGACCCUCGUGUCAAAGAUGCCUUGGAAUCUGCGGGUAUUUACAUCGCUGAUUCUCGGGCUGAUGCUACGGAUGUAUUUCGCUCCUCUACAAUCCGCAAAGAGAUGAAGUCCCUCCUAAAGACGGAGCCAUUCGGUGACUUCAAGCCUUACGCCGGUCAGAGUGAUGAUGCUAUAUGGCAGUCCGUCCCGCACAAGAACCUCCCAACGGUCGAUGUCGACGACAACUAUAGCAGCAAGAUCUGCCUCCUGUCGUCCCUCUUGAUGAGAGGGUUUGCACGCAACAACAGCACGUUUUUGAGGAAAGUCUUGGGUCUCUAUAUGCUGGCCAACGGUACACCUCGCCGUGUUAUCGACACCUUCUCAAUGAUGGGUCUGAUCUCGUCGUAUACUGUGCUCAACGAACCGCUCAGCGAUAUGGCAGAACAAGCUAAGAAGAACCUCAAGAAGGCGGCCCACGAUCCAAACGGUGUUGUUGUAUACGACAACUUCAACUUCAAGAGCAACGUUCGAGACCUUGUUGGCGGUAAACAAGCCCAGAUAAUCAACCUCACCACCGCUUCCCUCGUGGCCAACCCCGAACUCAGCGGUCCUCUGAAGCAGUCCUCCAUGGACCUGACGCAGCGGUUUACCCGUAAGAUGGUCAUCGAUUAUCUCCUUCCACGACGCAAGUCUUUUGACAGAGCCUCCAAGUGGUUGAUGGCAUAUGCGUUCGUGAAGAUCUUCGGCCAGGCAGACGAGACCCCUCCUUCAAUGCCUGCUGUCAAGAAAGCCGGCUACAAAGAGUCACCAUGUCUCCAGAUCGGGGCUAUUUUCGAGGACGAAGGCACGCUUGCGCGGGUCUAUCGGCUACACGAAGAGCUCUGGCUUCGCCGCCUCGAAUUCGACGAUUACGACGAGCGACUGACCCUUGUAUACGGCGAUAACAAGACCACAUCCUUCAUUCGGCGGAUACAACAACAGCAACUCGAGGCGAGCCAACUGUGGGAGAGGAAGAGAUGGAUGUUGCCAGUGCCAGCGCUUUUCCACAUUGAAAACAUCAAAUACCAUCAAGUCCUGCCCCUCCUGAUGCAUGGCUAUACCGCAAGAAUCGUCGCAAUGGUCAUUGAUAUCCUUGUUGAAGAGGAUAAGGUGCUUGAGCUUGUCGACAGUGAUGACCUUACUGUCGACAAGGUCAAACGUGUCUUACAGGAGCUCGACCGCGGGCGACUUAGGCAGAUCCUCAGGGAUAUUUGGAAUACUUGCUUUACAUACGCAGGAUGGACUGGCAGAUACGACGACUGCGACGAUUCCAACGACGACUCCGAGAUCGACGUCGGAUUCCGGAGCCAUUGUCGGCUGCUCCAAUGUAUUGAGAUCCUCUUGAUCUUACACGAGGCAGUUCGUCAGGGGGACUACGGCCUGAUCAAGGACAUUAUACCGAUGCUCCCGAUCCUUUUUUGGGGUGGCCGUGGCACGAACUACGGUCCCGAGAUGCUCUACUUUGCUUGGCUUCUUCACCCAAAUGUCAGCAAGGAUGAGGUUACUCGCAAUGCGAUUCUCAAAGGUGGUUUGGUUCGCUGCACGACUGCUGGCAGCUCAUAUAAGGCCAUCGACCUCAUGCAGGAGCAUAUCCACGCCGGUUACGCUCACGAUAUCAAGGCUAAUCGGAAUUCGACCCACGACAUCGAGGCAACCUUCAGUCGAUUAGCAGUCAAUGGGCCCUAUUUAGCAACCAUCCGCAGAUCGGUUGAGAGUGUUUUCGGCAGACACCAGAAAGGCACACAUGCACCCGGUGACCCUGCUACAGAUAUCAUCUCUUACGCCUGUAAGCUGUAUAAGGAUGGGAUGCCCCGCCGAGCACAUGGGAGUCAUCGUGAUGCUUGGGAUGCCCCUGAUAUUUGGGACAAAGGUCAACAGAACCUUCUGAAGAAGCUGGACGACUUCAACGACGUUGUCCCCGAGCCCAAGGAUGCAGCAGAUCAGCGUAGUUUACCCGGGGUUGGAUCCGGUGCCGACGAGGGUGAGAUUGACUAG